AUGCGGCUCUGUGUGUUCUGGGUGUCCUUCACCGUUGGCUCAUUGUUCGGGUUGCCCUUAGCCAGCUGCGGCAAUACGGAAUCCUCUUCGAUGGCAUCCGCACACAACAUAUAUCUAGUGACCUGUAACAAUCGAUCCGGGUCUGAUUCUCCCGGGGAACGUGCAUUCUCAGCGAUUGCCUACUUCCGAAAUCCCAUCAGCAAUUCCACGAAGGAAGAUGACCGAGCUCCGAAACCUGACCGAUCCGCCAUUGUUAGUGAUCCUUACGAACCAUGGGAAGGAGUCAAAUGGCGACUUAAAGUUUGGAGAGACAAGCUAUUCGCGAGCGAUAUAAGUGCAGACGCAGCAGCUAAACCCAAGGGCACGCCGACCGGUACCGUGAAAUUGGAGGAUGAGGACUACGUUUGCUUCCGUGAUGGCGAGACUUCAAUUAGAAUUAAAAAGGAGGAAGAUGAAAGUGGAAUCCUAAUUGGCACUGUUGGUAAAGUCGAAUCCGCUAGGGUGACUUGUGUUGCGGAUCACUGGUGUGCUGGCUUGAAUAUUGGUAGUGAUUGA